AUGGAUAAUCGCCUGUGUGGAAGGUUUGAUGCAUUGAGAAACUAUUUACCUGAUGACUUAAACAAUUCUGCAACAUUGGAUUUUCAUAAAAAUGAUAAUCUUAAGAAAUAUUGCCCUAAUGGAGGUUCAGGGGAAACAAAAUGUAAUACUGAGGCCGAUAAAAUUAAUGCUGGAUGUUUAUGGCUGUUCGAACAAAAUAUUGUUAAUAGGAUUAGUACUUUAAGUAAAGAUCACUCUAAAGUGUUUAUUAUAUACGUCAUGAUAUGGUUAGGUCAUAUGUUAAACCUAAAGAAAGAUGACAAAAUCAAAAACCUAAAUGAUUUUUAUGAAGGGCAUAUAAAGAAUAAUACGCAUUAUACUAGUUGUAAAAAACGAAAUGAUGAUAAGUAUGAUGAUUGUAGUGUUUCAUUAAAAGGAAUAACAGGACAUAAUAAUUUUAAGGAGUUCAUAGAAAAAAACAAGUAUUUGAUGAAUAUUGGUAUUAAUGAUAUGUCUAAUUUUUAUGAUGCAUUUAAACCAUUAUGUAAUAUGUAUACUGAACUUGAUGCAAACGACACAGACAAUAAGAAAUAUUUGGAAAAUGCUGAAGAAUUUGUUAAAAAAUACGAAAGACUUAACGAUCCUAAUCAUACUAAAGAUAGCGACUAUUAUCAAGUAUUGUCCACAUUAUCAAAUUGUUAUAAUAAUUUUAAAAAUUAUUGUAAUGAAAGUAAAGUUGAUUGUAGCGAUGUAUCAGUCCUUCCAGAGAUAAAAACAACACAAAAUUCUGCACAAGUUUCUGAAGAAACUAUACAAAAAUUUGCACAAAGUUCUGAAGAUACAUCAUCAAGUUCGUCGAUAACAAACAAAUUAAUUCCAGUUUUAUCGAUAAUUGUUGCAAUACCAAUAUUCUUGGGAAUUUUUUAUAAGUAUUCAUUAUUUGGAUUUCGUAAACGAUCUCAAAAACAACAUUUAAGAGAAAAGAUAAAAAAAUAA